AUGGUGCCGGGAGAGUUCAUGGUGUAUCGCGACACAGAAGUGGCUCCCACUCCGGUCAAACAAGUGGCAAUAGAUAGUGAAGGGAACACCGCGUCCAUUCACGACAACUACGACAUUCGCUUCUGGCAAGCCCAGAAACCCGACUCUCCCCUCCUUCUCGAUGGAUCCUCACUCAGGAAUAGACAUGUAACCUGUGUGGCACUGGACCGUGGCAUCGCUUAUAUAGGGACCUCCAAAGGCGAAAUUCUGAUUUUGAAAUGGCAACUAGCGAUGACCCAGAAGCAGCCACCGGCACAGGAAGAUUCGGUAUGGGGCCCAACCUUGUCCCUCUGUCAGGGCAACCGGAUCGUCUCCGUGGAUACCAGGGCUGACUGCCUGAUCGUUGGCAGUGAGGACACCCUCUUUAUCGUCAAGCCCCUGUCUUCCGAUCGACCGUCGAAGAGGGAGGUAGCGCGGGUCACCCUCCCACUCUUUCCUCGCGGGGCAUCCAUCCAGAUUGUUCGCGUCGUCGAGCGUGACUGUCGCCAGUGCCUUCUGGUCGUCGCACACGAUCCGAGACAACAGAAGCUCUAUAUCUUGAUGAGUCCUUGGGAAGAGGGAGACACUCUAGAACGUUAUUGGAACUAUCCCUUCUCCAUCUUUUCGUACUCGGAUGACGAGGAGAAAAGGUCCAAUCAGUGCAAAAAUCGUUCUCGCUCACUGGACGACGUCGUCGGUGCACGGAUGGCCACCUAUCAAGGCACGAUCUUGUUCCUAAGGCGUGCGGUUGACUCCUCACACGAUCCCCCACGGGUCCGGGACGACCACUGGGUCCACGACGUAUUCACAGCGCGGACCACGGCAGCCCUAAGGACAGACGGUUACGAUUCGCCAGCUGAAAUCGCUCUCACCAGCGCAGCUGGCGAGCCGGUGUAUGUGAGUGCUGCCUGUGAUGUUGUCACGAGGUUGUGGUACAACACCGACGUGAGCGAUGGUCGAUGCGUGCGAGUCUUCUCUGUUAAGGAUUGCAGCUCCUUUCUAACGGGAAGCUUCGCGGUUAUUCUCGUGACUGGGGAGGCAGACGGACCACGUCAUCUAGAACAGAUCUGCCGCUCCCUGUUCCAAGGGACGUCCUCCCGGCAAGAGUAUCACUACUCUAGCGCGCCCCGUCAAUUGAGGAAGCCCGCUACUGAUGGAUCUCUUAUUCUGGCAAUGCCCAACACGAUUUUACUCGCAAUCCUAGAGCGCGUCAAAGAGCUGUUAGGGCCCCUGAGCGCACGAAGGUACGGCGCGGGCCCUUAUGAAUCGUACGGAGCUCUCCGUCUCACCUGCCGGCGUUUCUGGGACUUGAUUCAACCCCGUAGGUCUUUACAAGUCGCUGAGCAAGACUUUUACCGCUCCGCUUUGCGGGAUGAAAAGACGACAAGAUUGCUACCUAUUUACGCGCUCCGAUAUGAUGAGCUCUUCAUGGGUAGAUUAUCUGACGCGGAUGUGGAUAAAUUCGCUCGAGCGACGGAGCUCGACUCUUUAAGUCUACAGAGGGUCGGGAAAAAUUUUCUAGCCCGAGCCCAGCGCGAAACGCUGCGGCGGAUACGAAACGCCGACCUUGUGGAUAUUCCCCUAAAUCUUGUCCACGAGAUGAGCAAUCUACGUUAUCUCUGCUGGACAGGUGACACUCAAACGACCUUGCCCGAGUUAUUACAGCUGGAGCAGCUCAGACUGAUGAUCCACCGGCCACGCUCCACACUCCAAAGCUUUCCUUCUCGAAUAUUCGGGUCAAAGUAUCCGAAGCUAACGUACGCCCAUAUCGAAUACAUAAAUCCCUUUGACCCAGCCAAUAUUGACGAUGGCGAUGACCCAGAGGAAAUAGACCAAGAUCAUAGUACUUGGAACGAUCCCUCCCUGCUCCUCCAACACUUAGAUGCACCCCUUCGGACCCUCUAUGUUAUUAAUGCUCAUUUCGGCUUGUAUGCUCUUCAGGACAUGGAUGUAUUACAGUCUGUGGAAGAGCUCUACAUAGGAUUUAGCCUCGGUUUCACGGAGUCGGAAGGCGUCCGCGAGGAUUUCCCAAGCCUCAAAUAUCUUGGUAUCAUAGUGGAUGACGAGAUAGAGCUGCCCUGUUUGGGCACUCGACUCCCCAGAGCGACACAAGUUUCAAUUAUAGGGAAGAGUCAAGUCCCAAGGGGCAAAUCGAGAGAGACGUCUGGGGAUACGUUACGGCGUAUGUAUCCUUCCCUUUUAAACUAG